CGGCGCUGUCCGUUCAGCACCACGCGGAGACGGGACCCGUCGGGACCCGCCACUGCCGUUGAUUGCAGAUAAAGAGCAUCAUAGCCUGUUACUGCAUUGCUGGGUUGUGUACUGAAACACAGAUUUACACCAUCAGGAUGUCCAGUGGAGCUAGCAACCCAGAACUACACCAAUGGGCUGCCUGAGGAUGCGUUGCCCCUCGACCUGGCCAUCAUCUCAGGGGUGCCAAGAGCCUGCCUCACUGUCCCUGUGCCACCUUGCUGGGUUCCAGACCUGACGCCUUCGUGGCCAUCUCUGGUGGGAUGGCCCAGGCGGGGGGACCCAUCCGCUUCUACCCCGAGGAGGGCUGUGCUGCCUCACCCCCAGCGUUUGCCCGUGGGGCUGACCGGAGGCCCUGGCUGGCCGGAGAGAGCCCGAAGGCUGGCAGGCACAGCCCCCCCCGCUGCCUCACCCCCAACCUCAACGCCGGCCGCCUCCACCUCCUGCGCAAGGGCCUGGCCCUCGACGCCCGCCGCUGCCCCCUUGGCCUCUACAACAGCACCGGCUCCUUGGCCCGCAAGCCGGUGGAAGCAGCUUCCUUCGGCAAUGGCAGCUGCCCUGGCGCAGGUGGCCUGACGGCUCCCUGCACCCCGCGACGGGGCCGGCCCGGGCCUGCCCUCUCUUCCCUGGGCAGCGGCAGCCGCAGCCCGCCGAUGGCAGCUGCACCGGAGGGACACAGCUCUGUGGUCACCUUUCGCUUCAUUGAGAAGGCCAGCGUGCAGACCCUGGGCGCAUGCCGCCCCCCCCAGCCCCACAGGGACAACGGGCCCCGCAGCCUCAGCCGCAGCCUAGAGCUUGGCAGGGACGUGCAGUCCCCCAGGUCCCAGCCCCUGCUCCUGCCCCAGGAACAGCUCCUGAGCACACUGAAGCUAGAGGCCUCAGCCUCUGACCCCCUCCUAACUGGGAGAAGGGCCUCAGGGGUGAUGCCUCCCUGUGGGAAGGAGCCCUGCGCCUUCAAUUCCGACUGCCUGGGCCGCUCCCUCACCAACGGGCUGCCGGAAGACUUCUCCACCUUCACCAGGAGGCCCCUGAAGCCAGAGCCCCGACCCCAGGGCAGCACCUGGCUGUACCCUCGUCAGAGCUCAGCCCAUGCGCAGCGCAUUGCCAGGGCCAAGUGGGAAUUCUUCUACGGCUCCUCGGAUGCUCUUAAGACAGGCCCCUCCGCCCCUGACUCUUCUCUCCUGGCUGAGACCCCCAAGAAGCCUGUCUGCCCACCACCCACUAAACCACCAAGGUCAGUGCCCGAGCACAGCUUGAGCCACGUGGAGGUGGAGAUAGAGAUGUCUCCUCCAAGCAGCCAGAUGCCUGGUUCCUGCGAGACUGGGAUUAUAAGGAGGACUGUGAAGUACUCUGAGACAGACCUGGACACUGUGCCACUGAGGUGCUAUCGUGAAACCAACAUCGAUGAUAUCCUGGCUGAGAAGGAAGAGGUGGAUUCGGCAAUUGAGAGCCAGAAGGACAGUGAGAGUAACCCAAGCUUUGGGGGCACCCCAGGCAGGAGGAACAGCACACCAGAAGAGCCCCCUACCCUGGGCACCAGCUUCCCAAAGGGUGGGCUGCAGGAUGGGGACGCAAAUGAAGAUGAUGAGGUGUUUGAGGCAACGAGGAAGGAAAACAGGGAAAGGAUUAUGGACCGAGACACGCAGGGUAUGCUCAAGUCUCCAGUGCCCUUCCUCCUUGGGCAUAGCCUCUCCAAGGAUGGUAUGGAUUCUUUCAGCAAGCAUUUUGAGAGCAUCAUGGAGUCCCAUCGAGCCAAAGGCACAUCCUACACCAGCCUGGACUCCAUUGACAUUCUCUCCUCCCCAGCCUGUACGCAUGGGACCGUUUUCACUUUUGACCUCCCAACCCUCACCCCAGAAAUACAAGGACAGAUCCGGGACAGUGCUAAGCUCAUUGAGGAGAACUUUGCUCCUCUGGCUCACUUGGAGCCAGACUCUGGGACCAGUUCAGCCACAGAUGCCCCCUGGAUGGAGAGAGAGGAGGAACGGGGCAAACGAAGGAAGGGUGCUCGGCACAGCCCUUGCUGCUCAGAGGAAAGCUUUGGUACUCCCUUGGCCUCCAAUGUGAGCAACCACCCCUUGAGCCAGCCAGUUUCGGACUUGGACUCUGAGAUGGACAGUGUGGAGCAGCUGGCCCUGGGCAGCACAGACACGCUCUCCAACGGGCACAAGGCUGACCUGGAGGCUGCCAAACGCCUGGCCAAGAGGCUGUACAACCUGGAUGGCUUUAAAAAAGCAGACGUGGCCCGUCACUUGGGGAAGAACAAUGAGUUCAGCAGGAUGGUGGCAGGGGAAUAUCUGAAGUUCUUCGUUUUCACAGGGAUGAGCCUGGACCAGGCUCUCAGGUCCUUUCUAAAGGAGCUGGCCUUGAUGGGAGAGACACAAGAGCGAGAGCGAGUGCUGGCUCAUUUUUCCCAGCGCUAUUAUGAGUGUAAUCCCAAUGCUAUCUCUUCUGAGGAUGGAGCCCACACCCUCACCUGUGCCCUGAUGCUGCUAAAUACAGAUCUGCAUGGACAUAACAUUGGGAAGCGAAUGUCCUGUGCUGACUUCAUUGGCAAUCUGGAGGGACUCAACGGAGGUACUGACUUCCCCAAGGAGCUGCUUAAGACACUAUACGGCUCCAUCAAGAAUGAGAAGCUGCAGUGGGCCAUAGAUGAGGAAGAGUUGAGAAAGUCCCUCUCAGAGCUGGCAGAUCCCAACCCGAAGUCCAUCAAGCGAAUCAGCAGCUGCAGUAACCCUUUUCUGGACUUCUCCCAAGAUGCCAGCAUUGCCACCUACAAGCAUGGACUGUUAGUUCGCAAGAUCCACGCUGAUCCUGACUGCAAGAAAACACCCCGAGGGAAGCGAGGCUGGAAGCCCUUCCAUGCCAUCCUGAAGGGGAUGAUUCUCUACCUGCAGAAGGAGGAGUAUAAGCCAGGGAAGGCACUGGCAGAAGAGGAGCUGAAGAACGCUAUUAGCAUCCACCAUUCGCUUGCUACACGGGCAUCUGACUACAGCAAGCGACCCAACGUCUUCUACCUCAGGACAGCUGACUGGAGGGUCUUCCUCUUCCAAGCACAGAACCCUGAACAGAUGCACUCAUGGAUCACACGGAUCAAUGUGGUGGCAGCCAUGUUCUCUGCACCACCCUUCCCUGCAGCCAUUGGCUCCCAGAAGAAGUUCAGCCGUCCAUUGCUACCCAGCUCCUGCACCAGGCUUUCCCAGGAGGAGCAGGUGAAAAGCCAUGAGACUAAGUGCAAGACAUUGUCAGCAGAGCUGCUGGAGCAUCGCUCCUCACUGCCCGAGAAAAAGGUGAAGGGCAAGGAGUAUGAGGAGCUGAAGCAGAAGGAAGAAUACCUGGAAUUUGAGAAAUCCCGGUACAGCACCUAUGCCACACUGCUGCGGGCCAAGCUGAAAGCCGGCUCUGAGGACUUGGCAGCGUUCGAGUCCACCCUCUUUGAUGCAGCAGGCGGGGAGGAUGAUUGCCUGAAAAAAUCUCGCUCCAGCCCCUCACUCAACGUGGAGCCCUCCAGCGCGGCCACCAAGGUGAAGCGCAACGUCUCAGAGCGCACUGGCCGCACUUCCUCUGGCCACCCCCAGAAGUCGUAAACCAGGGGCAUCAGCGGCCCGUGCUGCAGCUCCGAUCCUGCCCUCUGGUGCCAGGAUGGAGGCCACAUGUCUGCCGAGACCCUCCGUGAGUCCGUCCGUCUGUGGCACAAGCCGAGGGGGGGCGACAGCCCUUCUCCAGCUGCCAGCACCAGCCAUGCAGGGCCGCGGCCCCUCUGCCGGCGAGUGUCAGAGCAGGAGGAGCCCCAGUCCUUGCCCGCGGGAGCUGCCCUCACCAUUGGCCCAAUCAGACUCGUUCCUUCCCCUAUUUGUCCUGCGCUUGGCUGCAAGACAGUUCCCCUACUCAGGGGAAGGGGAAGCAAGUGAAACCCAGCCGCUGGGCUCAGUUCUUCAGUGAGUUAAAAAAAAACAGGCACAGCAAAACAAAGCCAGUGGCCGCUUCUCCUCUAGCUCCAUUGUGCCAUGGGGGCAGACUGGAGGGGGCCUGGACCCUUUCCCUUGGUGGCUAGAGGAGCCAGGGCAAUGGCACCUGGCCCGCUCCCUGCCAUCCGAGCCACCUCUGCACCUUCCCCGCUUUCUUACAACUUUUGAACGGUUUUUGUGAUACGGUUUUGCACUUUUUAGUACCAGAUGAAGCUGACCCACCAGGGAGGUUUUUUGGGGCUACUUUUGAUGCUUUUUGGGAACUGUUUAACAAAACAACAAACUCAGCCAUAUCCCGUAAGCACUGCACUCUGAGGGGAGGUGUUUUUUACAGACUCGGGGAGACCAAGCUCCCCACACCUGCAGCAAGAUGAACACGGGCUCCUGUGUGUGCUGCUGCCAGCUCCCCAGCCUUGCUCUGGCACCAGCAACCAACCCUCCAGAGACAGCCUUGUGGCCACUGGCACCAAGGAGGCAGCCCUGGGAUGGCAGCACCCAUUGCUGCACUUCUGGCUGCAUGAGGUGCUUCAGUGUCACCUGCCCUCCCACAGCCUGGACCAGCCUUAUUUGUGAGCAUCCUACUUGGGGAAUGUCGGGCAGCAGCAUGUAAGUACUCCCAGGAGAGAACCCCUGAAGUCAGGGUUGACUUGGAGCUCCCCACAGCUCUAUAGGGCUGACACAGGCCAGAGCCAGCUUUCUUUUCCAUGCCACUUCUCUAGUGUUUGGCCAGGGCCUUGAAGUCUGCCAGCAAAGCCCAGUCUGCAGCAGCAGUGGUGCAGUCCUUCCUUGGCCAUGGGCUCCCUCCUUGCCAAGGUAAGGGGCAGACUAGGGCAGCCCUUAUCACUGGGGUGGGCUGGAAGAUGCGUGUCCAGAGCACAGUGCUGCAGGUGGCACAGGGGACACAGGAGUGCCCAGGGUGCGCAAGGAGGCAUGACAGAAGGGCUGUAGGCACGGGGCCACCCUGGACCUGGCUGGAUUCAGCACUGACUUUGCGAAUGUGUCAAACUUUUUAUUCUGCUCUUUUGAGUCUACUGGGGAAAAAAAAAAAGAAAAGAAAAAAAUAUUCAGAAAAAAAAAAUCCACCCUUGCCCGAGGUGGCUCGGGGAGAAAAAAACCUUUGUACAGCUUCUUCUCUCAGUUACUGAAGUAAAACUGGCUCUUCA